UUGCCGGUGAUAUAAUAAAAACUUAAGUUGAUAGUUAGUUCUUCUAGUAUUUUACAAUUGAAUCAAUGAAAUGAUGAAAAUGUUUAAACCAAUAAGUUAUGCCGUAAAACGGUUACCUUCUACAAUCUCGGUUGUUCGGCACUCUUCAAAUGCAACCAAAGAAUCCGCCUUGGCCCAAAGCUAUUGCAUGAACCUAGUGAAACAAUAUGACAAGGAGAACUUCCUUUGCACGUUGCUGCUCAAAAACCCAGAACGCCGAAGUGCCCUGGCCAUCCGGGCAUUCAAUGUGGAGAUCGCUCGCAUCACCGGCACCGUGUCCGACGACAAAAUCGGUCAGAUGCGGCUCAAGUUCUGGGAGGAGACCAUCGAUAAACUGUUCAAAAACGAUCUGAAGCACGUACCGGAUCAACCGGUCAUUCAGGAGCUCAAGGCAGUUAUCGACAGCCACAAGCUAACGAAGCGGUACUUUCAACGACUGAUUACCGCUCGGUUGAACGCCAAUCUGCGGUUCGUGACCACCAAGCAGCUGGAGGAAUACGUAGAAAAUUCGGUUUGCAGUGUGCUGUAUCUGGUGCUGGAAGCGCACGGUGUACGGAAUGUCCACGCCGAUCAUGCAGCGUCCCAUCUGGGAAAGGCCCAAGGAAUAGUCAACUUGCUAAGAUCGAUUCCCUACCAGCAACGGAGAAAUGUCGUACCGGUACCGCAGGAGGUACUUAUGCAACACGGGGUCAGUCAGGAAAGGGUCCUGCGAAAUAGGAAGGAAGACAAAGGAGUGGAAGAAGUAGUUUUCCAACUGGCCGGGUUAGCCCAUCAGCAUCUGGAGAAAGCGAGAAAACUGGCAGGAUCGGUUCCGAAGCCUGCUAGGCCGGUGUUGCUUCCAGGAGUCGUGACUGGGCGCUAUUUGGAACGAUUGAGAAGGGCCAACUUCCACCUGACCGAUUCGAAGCUGUUGCAAAGUGACGCGUUACUUCCGCUUUCUAUCUACUGGAAUCACUUCCGAGGGAAGUUCUGAGAGGGUAAGUAAGUACCUAGUCCUACGUUUAAAAUGAGGUUAAUAGA